AGCGGUGCGGUCGCGUCUCGCGUUGCCUGCACGACAUUGGCCUGAAACUCGUGCAUAAAAUUUUCAAUAUAAACGUGCAUCCAAAGCUGAGAACGCAUCGUUCGUUUAAUAAAAUGUUGAAGUUUCAAUGGUUUUUCGUGGGCGCGCUGCUGGUGAACGCGGCCCGCGCGUUCUCCUGGGAUUUUGUUGUAUCAACAAAGGAUCAGUUGGAUUUUUAUGUGAAUAACACCAAAACAACAGAGCACAUGAACGGCAGACAACCCACUGUCUUGGACUACGAUAGCGUAAAUGACAAUAUUUUAUUUGUAGACGUGUAUAGUAAUUCCACGUACAGUUACCAUUUACCAACAAAGCAAAGUACAAAGUUGGUUAACUCAAACAUUUUAACGUUUGAUCUGGCUUUCGACCCGGCGAAGAGAAUUUUAUUCUGGAGCGAACCCCAGGUGAAGAGUAUUUACUGGACAUCCGUCAAGCCCGGCUCGAAGAGUACAAAUGGAAAUCUUCUGUUCAAAAUGGAAAAUGAAAUUCCCGAAGCGCUCGCCGUGGACAGCUGUAGAGGGUAUAUUUAUUGGACCAAUACGAAUCUCUCCAGUCCAUCGAUUGGGAGGGCUAAGUUCGACGGUACAGACAGAAAAACGAUCGUUAGCAAUAUAAGAUACACCCCAGUGGCUAUAACUUUAGAUCAACAGACGAAGAAAAUUUACUGGAUUAACUCAGAAGGUAUCAACUAUUCUAUUGAAAGCUCAGAUUUAGAUGGUGCAAACAGGAACAUAUUACUCACGGCCUCAACGCAUCACGACCCUAUCGCUAUAUCGGUGUCCAAGGAUUAUAUCUACUGGAUCAGCAAAGCCACACACUCCAUAUGGACCCUGCCAAAGAACUCCGAUACCUUAACGGAUCGCGGUAAUGAACUGAUCAAAUCCAGCAACGAAAUAAUCGAUAUAUUUGCUCAUUACAAAAUCGAGGAUCAAAUUCGUAACAUCGAGGAAUGUCAACAUUUGUCGAAUUUGACGGAGAGCAAACGCAUCCAAGAGACGACCACAGCUCUACCGGCCAUCGACUACACUGAAUUCUGUGAACACGAUGCUACAAAUGAGAACCGAUUCAGUUGCAAAUGUCCCGAAGGAAUCUAUAGGGAGAAAUGUGAAGAAUUCGUAUGCAUGAACUAUUGUUUUAAUGGAGACUGCACACUCAAUAAAGACGGACAACCACAAUGCGGAUGUAAAAAGGGAUACUCCGGUAGAAGAUGCGAAAUCAAUAUUUGUCGCGGUUACUGUCUGAACAGCGGUACCUGUACUGUGGAUGAUAAACUGAUGCCAAUUUGUAAAUGUCAGCCAGGUCACGAAGGUUCUAGAUGUGAAACCGAUGUACGGGCCACGACCACAAGCAAAAACGUUGAAUCUACUACAAGCACUGUUACUGAAAUAGCUAAAACAUAUAAUACUAGUGAUUUACCAAGAAUCCCGUCCACUUCAAGCGAUAAUUGCAAUUGCACCUCUGUCCGGGCGGCCGCUGAUGCAUUCGAAUCGGAAAGGAUGGCAAACGGUGAUGGAGAAUUCGUAGAUUCAGGCGACUCCGGCGUCGAUAGAAGCUUAAUAGCGUUGGGCGUGAUAUGCGGGGUGUUGGCCAUCACUUGCGUUAUGCUCAUCACUAAAAUAAUGCAGCUGACGAAGAGACCAAGAAUAAAGAAGCGUUUCAUUGUGAACAAGAAUGUAACACCAAUGACGGCGCGCCCCGACCAGUGCGAGAUAACCAUCGAGAACUGUUGUAAUAUGAACAUCUGUGAGACGCCUUGUUUCGAACCGGGAUCAACUAUACGGCCUUCCCUUCUCGACGCAAAGCCAGGUAAAGAAGAAAAGAAGAAUCUAAUCUCACAUAUGGAGUACCCAGAAGAUUAAUUAAAGAAUAUCAGUUAAUUGAAAUGUGUAAAAUCCAAAGUUUAGCAGGCAUAACAAAAUUUUAAAAUCAGUUUUAGUUGCCGAUAAAAAACGUAUUGAAGAAAUGACAAGUAAUCAAUUUAUAAUUGAAAGUACUCUAUUAGUUGAUGUGUUAUUGAAACUGAGCUAAGUGAAAUCAAAACAAUUAUCUUAGACUAUGAUCGUUUCACUUUUUUGCAUCGAUGUUUACUUUUAAUUGUUUACACGAGACAAGGAAUUUCUUUCAUUGUGCCAAAGGUUGUAUGGUGAUAUUUAAUAGGACCAUAAUGUGAUGGAUUUUUCAACAACGAUAUAAUGUCGAAAGGGCUGUGCUAACAAAAAACAUUUUAGAUUAUUGUAUCGGUCUUAAAUCAUUGCGAUCGGUGAUCGGUGAAAAUUCUUAAAUUUAAUAGUACGAACAUUGCGCGCGCUAAAUCGAAAGCAAUCGAAACGUAUCAUAUUGUAGUAAGUACACAAUGUACAAUGAAAGCUUAAUGCUUUCGGUGAACUAACGGUUCAACAAAUUUGUAUGUGAUUUCAACAAGUUUAA